AUGGAGUACCUCAAGCAAUACCUGAGCAUUGCUGAGGAAGUCGAUGACAGAGCAGGUGCAGGACUUGCCUAUGGCAAUCUCGGCUCUGCUUACCAAUCCCUUGGUGACUACCAAAGAGCAACAGAGUACCACAAUCAACACCUCAUCAUUGCCAAGGAAGUUGGUGACAGGGCAGGUGAAGGAUGUGCCUAUUCCAAUCUCGGCCUUGCUUAUCACAGUCUUGAAGAAUUCCAACGAGCAAUAGAGUGCCACAAUCAACACCUCGGCAUUGCCAAGGAAGUUGGUAACAGGGCAUGUCAGGGGAAAGCUUAUCUCAAUCUCGGCCUUGCUUAUCACAGCCUUGAAAAAUUCCAACAAGCAAUAGAGUACCACAAUCAACACCUCAGCAUUGCCAAGGAACUUGGUGACAGGGUAGGUCAAGGCCACGCCUAUUCCAAUCUCGGCGAUACUUAUGACAGCCUUGAAGAAUUCCAACGAGCAAUAGAUCACUACAAUCAAUACCUCAGCAUUGCCAAGGAAGUUGUUGACAAGGCAGGUGAAGGAUGUGCCUAUGGCAAUCUCGGCCUUGCUUAUCACAGCCUUAAAGAAUUCCAACGAGCAAUAGAGUGCCACAAUCAGCAUCUCAGCAUUGCCAAGGAACUUGGUGACAGGGUAGGUCAAGGCCACGCCUAUUCCAAUCUCGGCGAUGCUUAUGACAGCCUUGAAGAAUUCCAACGAGCAAUAGAGUACCACAAUCAACACCUCAGCAUUGCCGAGGAAGUUGGUGACAGGGUAGGUCAAGGCGACGCCUAUUCCAAUAUCAGCGAUGCUUAUCGCAGCCUUAAAGAAUUCCAAAGAUCAAUAGAGUACACCAAUAAAUACAUCACCAUUGCCAAGGAAGUUGGUGACAGGGCACGUGAAGGAUGUGGCUAUGGCAAUCUCGGCUGGAAUUAUGACUCCCUCAGCGAAUUCCAACAAGCAAUAGAGUACCACAAUCAACACCUCAGCAUUGCUAAGGAAGUUGGUAACAGGGCAUGUGAAGGCAAAGCCUAUUGCCAACUCGGCCAUGCUUAUCAGAGCCUUAAAGAAUUCCAAAGAGCAAUAGAGUACCACAAUCAACGCCUCAUCAUUGCCAAGGAAGUUGGUGACAGGGCAGGUGAAGGAUGUGCCUAUUCCAAUCUCGGCCAUGCUUAUCGCAGCCUUAAAGAAUUCCAAAGAGCAAUAGAGUACUACAAUCAACACCUCAUCAUUGCCAAGGAAGUUGGUGACAGGGCAGGUGAAGGAUGUGCCUAUGGCAAUCUCGGCCUUGCUUAUCACAGCCUUGAAGAAUUCCAACGAGCAAUAGAGUGCCACAAUCAACACCUCAGCAUUGCCAAGGAAGUUGGCAACAGGGCAUGUCAAGGCAAAGCUUAUCUCAAUCUCGGCCUUGCUUAUCACAGCCGUGAAGAAUUCCAACAAGCAAUAGAGUACCACAGUCAACACCUCAGCAUUGCCGAGGAAGUUGGUGACAGGGUAGGUCAAGGCGACGCCUAUUCCAAUAUCAGUGAUGCUUAUCGCAGCCUUAAAGAAUUACAAAGAGCAAUAGAGUACACCAAUAAAUACAUCACCAUUGCCAAGGAAGUUGGUGACAGGGCACGUGAAGGAUGUGGCUAUGGCAAUCUCGGCUGGAAUUAUGACUCCCUCAGCGAAUUCCAACUAGCAAUAGAGUACCACAAUCAACACCUCAGCAUUGCUAAGGAAGUUGGUAACAGGGCAUGUGAAGGCAAAGCCUAUUGCAACCUCGGCUAUAUUUAUAUGCAUCUCUACGAAUACCAACGAGCAAUGGAGUACACCAAUAAAGGCCUAAUAAUUGCCAAGGAAGUUGGUGACAGGGCAGGGCAAGGGCAAGGCUAUGGCAAUCUCGGCGAUAUUUAUUUAACUCUCGGCGAAUACCAACGAGCAAUAGAGUACACCAAUAAAUGCAUCAUCAUUUGCAGGGAAGUUGGUAACAGGGCAGGGCAAGGGCAAGGCUAUUGUACUCUCGGCAUUAUUUAUAAACAUCUCGGCGAAUACCAACGAGCAAUAGAGUACACCAAUAAAGGCAUCAUCAUUGCCAAGGAAGUUGGUGACAGGGGAGAGCAAAGGAAAGCCUAUCACAAUCUCGGCGCUAUUUAUCUCCGCCUUGAAGAAUUCCAAAGAGCAAUGGAGUGCCAGAAGAAACACCUGAGCAUUGCCAAAGAAGUCGGUGACAGAGGAGACACAGGACAUGCCUAUUCAAGCAUCGGCGAAGUUCAUUAUUCCCUCGGCGACGUGCCACGAGCAAUGGAGUACUACAAGCAAUACCUGAGCAUUGCCGAGGAAAUCGGUGACGGGAAUGGACAAGGACAUGCCUAUUGCCGCCUCGGAACAUGUUAUAGAAAACUCCACGACUUGAAGGAAGCAAUAGAGUGUUACAAGCAACACCUGAGCAUCUCCGAGGAAAUCGGUGACAGGAGAGCAGAAGCAUGUGCACAUAAAGGUCUGGGUCACUCUUUUUUGGAAUCACAUUCUUUGAACGAGGCUUUAGAACAUUUUAGAUGCUCUGUUAAAAUCUAUGACACUAUUAGAGCCAAUUAUAUCUCGGAAGAUCAAUUGAAAAUAAAUUUCUUUACGGGUCAUCGAUGUGCCUAUACUCAUUUAUGGCAGGUUUUAGUAAUGCUUCAAAGGAAUGAUGAGGCUUUAUACGCUGCUGAGAGGGGACGAGCACAGGCUUUGCUCGAUGCCUUAAAAGUAACUUAUGGCCUUACAUCAAUUUCUCCCAGGUCAAUUGAAAGUGAAGAAGAAGUCACAAUUAAUUCAAAGAAGACAACCGUGUUAACAGUUUUUCUUGCCCUGGAAGAGAACACACUCAAUAUGUGGGUAUUGCGAAAAGAGGGCGAGCCUAUUUUUAGGCAAGCAGAGUUAGAAAUUGGUGAUGCACACGAAGAUUCUUUUGCUAUCCUUUUAGACAUUGUUUUGAAAAACAUUAGGGCUGGUGUCGGUAUUAGGUGCGAAAAUCGGUCAAUGGAUAAGCUGAGUGAUGACUCAACUCCCUCAAGUACUCAAGACGACAAUCAAACAUCGGAGCCAUCACAGGGGACCACCGAUCUUUUACAGCCAUUGUAUGAUGCAGUUCUUGGUCCCAUUGAAGACUUGCUUGAUGGUGAUGAACUAAUUGUAGUUCCUGAUGGCGCUUUGUCUAAAGCUCCUUGGGCAGCCCUGAGUGAAACUUUAAGGAUCCGGACUGUUCCCUCACUGACAAGUUUGAAAGUCAUCACAGAUUCUCCAAGUGAAUACCACAGUAAAAGUGGAGCCCUGCUAGUUGGAGAGCCAUGCUUGAAGAGCAUUACAGAUAAACAAGGGAACCCCAUUUAUGAUCCUCUGAAGUACGCAAAAAUGGAAGUGGAGGUGAUUGGAGAAAUUGUAAAGAGUCAACCCUUAACAGGUGAAGAUGCAACCAAAGAAGCAGUACUUCAGAAUAUCGGGUCAGUUGCUUUGGUUCACAUCGCCGCCCACGGAAGGAAGGAAACUGGAGAAAUUGUUUUGGCUCCAGACCCCCGAUGGGAAUCCAAGACUCGUACGGAGGAGCAAUAUAUUUUGAAAAUGUCUGAUAUACAAGCUGCGAAGCUGAGAGCAAGGCUAGUUGUGCUUAGUUGCUGCCAUAGUGGUCAAGGACCGGUCUCGUCUGAGGGUGUGGUCGGUAUGGCACGUGCUUUCUUGCUUGCUGGUGCUCGUUCCGUGCUGUCGACACUCUGGGCAAUUGAUGACGAAGCCACAAUGAUGUUUAUGAAAUCUUUCUACCAACAACUUGCAAGAGGAGAAAGUGCAAGUGUUGCUCUUCAGAGGGCCAUGAAAUGUCUUCGAGAGUCCCACGAUUAUUCUGCUCCAAAGUACUGGGCUCCUUUUGUUCUGAUGGGCGAUGACGUUAAGAUUGAAUUGGAAAAAGAGUCAUUGAGCAAGUCGUAA